GCUACCACUCCACUGAAUCAGUUAGCAUACCGCAGUCUUUCUAUAUAAAUACCGGUGCCUCUCACUCUUCUUCCUUCACAAGCCAGACCGCGACAAGAAGCUAGGGCAGGAAAUUUAGUUCGUAUUAGGAAGAAACUAAAAUCAAAGCAGAUCACAACUCUGCAGCAAUGGCGACCAAGAUAUACAUCGUGUACUACUCGACGUGGGGACACGUCGCGACGCUGGCGGAGGAGAUAAAGAAGGGCGCCGACUCCGUCCCCGGCGUCGAGGUCACCAUAUGGCGGGUGCCGGAGACGCUGCCGGAGGACGUGCUGGUGAAGAUGCACGCCGCGCCGGUGCGUCAGGACCACCCCGUCAUCACGGCGAGCCAGCUGGCCGAGGCCGACGGCGUCCUGUUCGGCACCCCGACGCGGUUCGGCAUGAUGGCCGCGCAGAUGAAGACCUUCUUCGACUCCACCGGCGGCCUCUGGAAGGAGCAGUCUCUCGCCGGCAAGCCCGCGGGCGUUUUCUUCGCGACGGCCACCCAGGGCGGCGGCCAGGAGUCCACCGCGCUCACGGCCGUCACGCAGCUGGCGCACCACGGCAUGCUGUUCGUGCCGGUUGGGGGCACGCACGGCGCCGGCAUGCUGAUCAUGGACGAGGUCAAGGGCGGCAGCGCGUACGGGGCUGGCACCUUCGCCGGCGCCGGCGGUGGCAGGGUGCCCACUGGCGCCGAGCUCGCUCUGGCGGAGCACCAGGGGAAGUACUUCGCCGGCAUCGCUAAGAAGCUCAAGUCCGUCUGAAAUCUGAUUUACUACACCGUAAUUCAUGCAAUGCAGUGCAAAGAUGAACUCGUCAUAUAUGUAUGGAGCAGGAUUUACACAAUUCUGUAACACGUUCCCGUUCCUUUCCACUCUUGUUUAAUAAUAAUAAUAAUAAUAAUACUCCCUCCAA